GUUGGGUGUUACCACAUGGGCCAGCGGAUGAGGACACCAACGUGGUUCACAGAGAGCAGACUGACGGAGUUGUUUUUAUUCCACAUCAUAUGUGUGGUAUCAUUCAUUAUUAGAAAUGACUGAAACUAAAGCAGAAACGGCUCCAAAGCCCGCCAAACAGCUGCUGGCUCUGAAUCCCAAACAAGAGUCCGAGUUCAAGAAGAAGGUGCAGGAGGCGAAGAAGAACAAAUCCAGCAAGGAGAGCCAUUUGGCCCCUGGAGUGGUUUAUGUGGGUCACCUUCCUCACGGGCUGUUCGAGCCUCAGCUCAAACCUUACUUUGAACAGUUUGGGAAAGUCCUGAGGCUGCGGCUGUCCAGGAGUAAAAAGACAGGCGGCAGCAAAGGCUAUGCGUUUAUCGAGUUUGAUUGUGAUGAAGUUGCCAAAAUUGUUGCAGAGACCAUGAACAAUUACCUCAUGGGAGAGAGACUCAUCAAAUGUCAUGUGGUUCCCCCAGAGAAGGUGCAUGAGAAGAUGUUUGUUGGCUCUCAGAAGGUAUUUAAAAAGCCCUCAUUACCUGCUGUAUCACGCUACAACAAGACGCACACGGAGGAGCAGGUCACCAAGAUGAAGGACAAACUGCUGCGGAAAGAAGCAAAGCUCCGCAAGAGAAUCGCAGCACACGGCAUCGACUACGACUUCCCUGGAUUUGCUGCCCAGGUGCCUAAGAAGAAAAAGUCCUCAGAUUCCCUGGAUGCUUCUACGCUUAGUAAUGACGCCACCCCAGUGUGCACCCCCUCCGUCCUGGAGAGGAGGAAGUCCACGUUCAACGACGAUGAUGCAGAUGACGAGAUCGUCAUUAGGAUGCCGGCUGUAGACAAAGACGAGGAGGGCUCCUCCUCAGAGGAAGAGGGAGAGCAUGAGGACUCUGAGAGCGAGGAGCCUGGUGAAGAGGAGGCAGAGUGACGUGCUCUGCGUCACUGUGGACUUGGUUCUCUGGCUCUAUACAUCAGGCUCAUCUUGGUACUGUGAUCAGAUGUCAUAGUCCGUCUUUCAGUAUGUGGAAGUCACAAUACAUGAGAGAAAGGUGUUCGCGUGAAGGGUUCCACCAUUAUAAUUGGUAUUGCAUCAGAGUGACCAAUGGAGGGGCCUGCAGCAUGGUCACAUGAGCCUGGGUAAUGGACAGUUGUGAAAGGACUUUCCUAUGCCUUACAGGGCAAAUACUUUUCUGUUUGCUUCAUGCACACUUGUCUAAAAGCGUGGUUCAAUUUGUAAUAUGUAAACUAUGAUCUUUAAAAAUAAAUGAUGUAAUAAUGUA